UAAAGCCCUUUGUUUCCGGAGACCAAUAUGACUUGUCCUGGUGUUUGAGCGAGGGGGAUUGAUGCCGAACCUGCUACAUAGGCUCUUCAGCACGCUAGGAACCCCGGAUUACCUACUGCUUCCAUGAACUUGGUGUUGCCUGCUCAACUGAUCCUAAUAAUUCCAAAUUUCCCAAUGUGACGCUGGCCUUGGAGUAUAAAUGAGGGCGCGUCCAGGUAUGCAAAUAAACGUAAUUCAAGAUGGUGCCCUCCCUUGAGACCCUUCCUCGCGACGUCCUGGAACAUAUCGCCCUCCUCACUAUUUCCUCGACGUCAUGUUCAUCUCUGUCCAAUAUUCUGCACCUCCUUCUGAGCAGCCGGUCCAUAUAUCACCAACUCUGCAUUCGCUGCAACCCGCACCUCUACGCUAGAACUUUCUGCACCAUAUUCGACGUUCCAUUCCACCGUUCAUGCAUCCCACCCGACUCUGCCUUGGCGGCGGAACUGAAGCAGCGAUUCCGUUUAAUACGGCGGAUUCGACACAGAGACUACUCCACCAAGUCCUUGAGACAGGAUUUAUGGACUGCAUAUGGGAUGGUUCUGGAAAGCGAAGGUCUGAAUGUAUCUCAGCUCAAAGCUGUUGGGUUUUCCAGGUUCCUUGACGAGCUUGUUCGCAAGACCAUAAUUGAAGGCGCUAGGAAUAAUGAUGCCAUCGAAUGUAUGUGUCUAGCCAUCUGGCUACUUGCUUUGACGGUGACGAGAUGUGAUAUCAAUAGCAGAUCAGAAGCUUCUCGAGAAGAGCUCCUACUUCUCCUUCGACCCUUUGUACUAUCUAUGGUUAAGAUAUCUCCAACAUAUGCUAUCAGCGGCCCACGGACACAUAUCUUCUCACACGUGUCAACUCAAAAGGACCCCGACCUCGAAGAAGAAGAAGUAAUCUACUAUUCUCGCAAGCCGACGCCCAAACCUCCCCAUCCAAACCUCUCCUCAGCGGUGAUUAUCCUGACAUUCGCCCUCAAGCAAGUGGAUGUCCCUCGAUAUGCACCACCUAAUAUUCCUGCGGAUAGAGCCGCAGCAUUAGCGAUUCAUUGGACGGGCCCUACGCAGGAGGAUUACCACGCUGUAGCCAGCUACAGAACGCCACUUUUCUCAGACAUCCGUCAGACUUCUAUCGCUACAAAGGAGUCCAGGACUACAGCCACUCUGUGUUCGUUGGCGCACGACUAUGGUUAUGGAGCUUUACAAGAAGAUUCCUGCUUGUGUCAGCUCAGUGCAUCGACUGCCCAUACUAUAUAUCGAUAUAUUCACCAAAAUCUCACGGGUGUGUGGGAGGGAAUGUACUUCAUUUCGCCGCUUGGGACGAGCGCUUCUUCGUCACUGUCUGAUGCCACGGAUGCGGACUUCAUUUGUCAAUCGCCUAUGCAAUGCGCCCUGUCGGUGCAUUUCUGUUACACCCCCAACGUUCCUGUGUCUUCUGAAGACAUGGGUGCAGAUCCGUUCCACUGGAACAUCGAUCCACUCCAUCUUUUCCAGUCACCAUCUUUCUUCAAGAAUGGGCGGAAGGCUAACCGCGGUCGAAGAGAAUAUUGCUAUGAUACGGACUUGCCCAGCGGUCUAAGCUCUCCUUACGACGCAUGGCGCGACCCUGGCCAGGCUUUGGACUGUAUUAUCACGGGAAAGACCCUUGAGGACCACGAUGAAGCUUGGGGCGCGUUCAAAUUCUAUGGACGCGUCUACAGGGAUGGUACCAUCGUCAUGAAGAGGUUGCCGAAGAAUGGCUGGGAGACUGGCCUGGGUACGUGGAUAUUCGAAGGUCAUCUCGGGUAUGGCGCCGCUUGGGUGGGGAAAUGGCGAUCAAGCAUUGCGCCAGGCGAUGCAGGAUUGCAGGGCAUAUUCAGUAUGCGAAAACGCGGCUCGGCGAAGACUUGACCUCCGCCCUUGACUCACAGCAAUCGACAGACUGGACGAAUCUUCUGGAUCCAUG